UAAGCGUGUGUUCGUUCGCACGCUGGUUUCUCUUUUUUCCUUUUUUAAGGAUUUCGUUGAAUUGCACUCGAGCGGCUCGACAUGGCGCAGUUCAACUUCCACGAGAUAAAAGUCAUUGACGACUCGAUGAAUGAUAUGGAAGUAAUACGAAACAUAAUAAACACGAAGAACCAAGAUCAGGCCUUCUACAUCGCGAAUAUUGGUAGCGUGAUUAAGAGACAUGAUGAAUGGAUCGCCAAGAUGCCUCGAGUCACCCCGCACUUUGGUAUCUACUUUAAGUUUCAUGCUUUUCCAUUUUUACAAAUGCGCAUCAAUGGUAAUGGAAAAAGUUGCAAAGUAGAGAUAUCACUAAUCGUUUUCCUUUCUUCAAUCCUAGCGCUUAAAUGCAACUCGGAUCCGAUGGUGAUUAAAGUUUUGGCGGCUUUGGGCGCUUGUUUCGACUGCGCGUCUGAGCAAGAGAUCAAGCUAGUGAUGCAGCACGGAGUGCACGGCGAUCGAAUCAUCUUCGCACACCCGACCAAGUAUUCCUCGCACAUAGCUUACGCAAAGAAAGUGGGGGUCAAGCAAAUGACGGUGGACAGUGAAGCCGAGCUGUUCAAGAUCAAGGAUAUCUUUCCCGACGCCAAAAUCGUCAUACGUAUACGCUGCGACGCCAAAGUCACGCAGGUGGUGUUGGGCUUGAAAUUUGGCUGCGAGCCGAACGACGAAGCCGUGCACCUGAUACGACUCACCAAGGAUCUCGGCCUGAACCUGUACGGCUUCAGCUUCCACGUCGGCAGCCCGUGCGGCGAGCUGGAGGCUUACAGCCGUGGUAUCGCGAUAUGCAAACAGUUAAUUGCUAUCUCCCAAAGUAUCGGCUGCAACAAUGUGCAGCUGAUCGACAUCGGCGGCGGAUUCCCGAGCGAGACUGGAACGAACGUCGACGAGUUCGCGACUAUCAUCAAUGAGGCGAUACGGGACCUCGAUCCUGCCAUAAGAGUUAUCAGCGAGCCGGGAAGUUACUAUGUAUCUUCCAGCUUCACUUUGGCAUCGUAUGUGCACUCAGAGCGUGUCAUUUCACAACACGAUAAAACGAUGAGAAUGUACUACAUGAACAGCGGGGUGUACCAUUCCUUCGUGGAGGAGCUAUUGGGUUUAAAGGCGCGUAUCCCACAAUUACUGUCCGAGCCAACGAGCAACGAGAAGUUCUGGUCAACUUUAUGGGGCCCGACCGCGAGCUCAUACGAUUUAAUAGUGAAGGACGUGUUGUUGCCCGAACUUCAUGUCGGCGACUGGUUGAUCUGGAGGGACAUAGGCGCCUAUUCCACAGCUCUUGCCACUACGUUCAACGGAUAUCCGGCUCCAAUUGUGAUCCCGAUCAUCAGAAGGAGUGACUGGGAGGAUUUCGAAAGGCGAAUUACUUUGGCAUGAGGACCUCCUUUAUUCCGUGGAAAUCUGUCAAGCUGUACGAAUCAAUAGGAAAGCGGGAGGAGAAUGUUCAAUGUAAUUGGCGAGAAAAAAACAAAGUAUAUAGAACGUAUUGUGAAUUCGCGUAGAUGAGUCUUCGGGUCGUUCAUAUGUGUGCGCGAAUAUUGUCCAAGCCUGUAUAUGUCUACUCGAUAUAUAUAAACUUAAAUGCGUGUUUAGGUAUAGGAAUUGUAGUACACGGGGAGAGUAUUGUAGAAAAAAUUACAAUGCAAUUUUAGUAGUUCGAAAAUAGACUGGCACUAUUCCGGAAAUUAUAAUAAAACAUAGUAAAAAUAACUGUAAAUAUAGUAAGAGAUAUCGUGUUUAUGGUCAUUUUUACUAUGUUUUAUUAUAAUUUUCGUAAUAGUGCUAGUCUGUUCCCGACUUACUAAAAUUGUAAUUUUAACUACAAUAUUCUCUCCACAUAUAUAUUACGUUAAUACACGAAAGUUACAGUCUCAUUACAGCGCCUAAUUUUUAUUAUUAUUUCUUAACAAAACACCGAGAGCGAUCGCUUAAUCCUUUUGUUAUCUCAGAAAUUGUGCCUGCCAACGGCGUUUAAUUCUAAAAAAAGAAUAUCUUAAUAGGGUUAAUUAACUUACUUUCGGUCGUAAAUAAUUAUAUUG